UAUUUAAGAAAUUCAUUUAACUUCGUCUGCAAGUGCUCUCUCAAACAAUCUAAAACCAGCUUCUCACUCCAUCGCUUCCUAUCAAACUCUCUUCUCUCUCAGUCACUUUGAGUUCUGAAACAAAACAAGGCAUGGCUGCAGCAGCUGUGGGACAAGCUUUGCUCUCUGCUUCUGUCCAGACCUUACUGGAUAGGAUCACCUCGAGCGAGUUUCGAGAUUUCAUGAACAACAGAAAGCUGAAUGUCUCUCUCAUGGAUGAGAUGAAGAUUACUCUGUUGAUGCUCGAUGCUGUCCUCAACGACGCAGAAGAGAAGAUGAUCACAAACCAUGUAGUCAAGGAGUGGCUUGAAGAGUUGAAAGAUGCUGUCUAUGAUGCUGAGGAUUUACCGGAUGAGAUCAACACUGAGUCUCUCAGAUCCAAGGCUAGAAGCAACAUGCCGAAGGCUCGAACACUUUGCCAAGCAGAAGGAUAUCAUUGGUUUGCAAAGUGUUAGCAUGGGAGUGCAUAAAACACCUUCAACUUCAUUGGUAAAUGAAUCCGAUGUGGUUGGUAGAGAG